AUGCGCUCGCACGACGAUUACACAGUGGGAUGGGUGUGUGCCCUCCCGCUCGAAAUGACAGCCGCGAUAACAAUGCUGGAUGAGACACACCCACAGCUGCCAUAUCCCGAGACAGACCAUAACGCAUACGCGCUGGGGUCAAUCGCAGGCCAUGGCGUUGUGAUCGCUUGCCUGCCGUCCGGCAUCUACGGGACUGUUUCGGCGGCUACGGUGGUAGCUCAGAUGGUUUCUACAUUCCCGCAGAUCAAGUUCGGAAUGAUGGUUGGGAUUGGCGGUGGUGUACCGAGUGAGAGCAACGAUAUCCGCCUGGGCGAUGUGGUGGUAAGCAGGCCGACGGGGGUGUACAGUGGCGUUGUACAGUAUGAUCUUGGGAAGGCGUUGCAGGGUGGUGGGUUUCAGCAGACGGGGAGCUUGAAUCAUCCGCCGCAGCUGCUCCUGACACAUAUGUCUCUGUUGCAGGCGACCAUGGUUGAUUCUGAAGACGAACGCAUUUAUUCUCUGGUUCAGACUGUGUUGAACCGGCAUCCGCAGCUGAACGAGGAUUUUGGGUGUCCUGGCCCUGAUAAGGAUAUUUUGUUCAAGUCAGAGUACCCUCAUCGUUCUGAUGUGGGCUCAGACGGUGCGUGUAUGCACUGCGAUCCCAGGCAUGCGGUGCUGCGCAACGCUCGCAUUUCCAUGGAACCCCACGUCCACUACGGUUUGAUUGCUUCGGGAGACAAAGUGAUAAAGGACUCCGAGACAAGAGACCGUCUGGCUCAGGAACUCGGUGUUAUAUGUUUCGAGAUGGAGGCAGCCGGCCUUAUGAACCAGAUUCCGUGUUUGGUGGUUCGUGGUAUCUGUGACUAUUCCGACUCGCACAAGAAUAAGAAUUGGCAGGGAUAUGCUGCACUGACAGCGGCCGCGUAUUCCAAGGUGCUGCUGUCGACGCUAAAGCCCAGGACUGUGAACCAUAUCAGGAGUUUGAAUAAAGGAGAAAUCACCGCAGAGAAGAAAGCAUGUUUGGCAAGCCUAUUUCUUUCAGACCCCGAGGAAGACAAGAACGCAUUGAAGCGUCGAAGGGGAGAUCGUGCGCCGGACACCUGUAGAUGGAUUCUUGACACCAACGCGCUGCAAAAAUGGCUCGGUUUUGAUAAUGGCGUCCCUAGAAGCAGCCUAGGAUUCAUUAAGGGCCAUGCGGACGUCAGAUCGAAUAUCUUCUGGCUAUAUGGUAAUCCUGGAACAGGAAAAUCCACAAUUGUUGUCACAAUGGCCGAGGAAUUGCCAAAGAAGCCCUACUUCGACAAUGCAAAGACUCUGGCAUAUUUCUUCUGUGACUCGAGUUCGGCGAACCGACGCACGGCUGUUUCAAUCCUUAGAGGUCUGUUGUAUCAGCUCGUCAAGGAAAGGCCUGAGCUGAUUGAACUCCUAUAUUCCAAAUAUAUGGAGAGGAAAGACGCUCUUUUCACUUCGUUCGAUGCGUUGUGGUCGGUACUUAUGAGCAUAGGGACAGAUGCGGCCAGUGGAGAUAAAUACUGCAUCAUUGACGCCAUCGACGAGUGCGAGCCAGAGUCCCAGGAAAUGCUGUUGGCGCAAAUAAACCAAACAUUCAGGAAUCCUGCCUCAGAAAACCAUCUCGGUCUUCAUAUUCUUCUCACCAGUCGACCGUAUCCGGAGAUCGGACGCUAUUUGAGCCACUUCAAUCAUCAAAACUUAUCGCAGUAUCCGCAAGUUGCCACAGACCUCAACCUUUUGAUCCGGUCGAAGGUUGCCGAGUUGAGUGAGAGGAACGGAUACUCAAAAAAGGUCGCGGCAGAGGUAUCUGAAACUCUCGAAGACAAGGCGGAAGGAACCUUUCUCUGGGUUGGAAUAGCAUGCACCGAGUUGGCAUCCGUCCGAUCCAGAGAUGCCGUCAAGACUCUGCGAAAGAUGCCCCGAGGAUUGGACUCUCUUUACCGCAACCUCUUGGAUACGGCACUAACGCAUAGUGGUGAGGACAACCACAUGCUCCUGCAGAUGAUGAGCGUCGUGGCCAUUGCUCAGCAGCCCCUAAGUGUAGCUGAGUUGUCGGUAGCUUGCAACCUCUAUCCAAACGAGGAUGAAGAGAGCCGUCUGAUUUUUACAUGCGAGGAUAUCGAGUUGUGCCGCUUGAUGGUGGUCGUACAGAGUGGUGUCGUUCGUCUACUACACAAGUCCGUAAAGGAUUUCUUGCUUCGCAAGGGAGAAGAUAAUCAGCAUCUUGUAGACGACGCGAAGGCACAUGCGGCACUCGCUUAUCGUUGUCUAGAUAUCUGGAUGAAGAAUUACGAGGCUUUGUCCAUGAAUGAACCAUGGAAGCCGCUUGUCGACAUUGAGUUCCUCCUGUAUGCCGGCAAAUACUGGGGCGUUCACGCCCAUUAUGCUUCUUCAGAAUUCCACGUCCUGCGACAACACGAGAAGUUUUUUCGAGCAAAGUCAAGUGAAAGAGACAUAUGGGUCAGGGAACUAGAGUAUCCUUUGAAUUUGCCCAACGAUCCCGAGGGUUUUUCUGUUUUGCAUGUCGCAGCCCUCUUCGGUAUCAACGCAUUGGUCGACUUUGCAUUCGAGGAGAUGCGACAUGAGCGUGUACACGGAAGAGAACUCAAGUAUCAGCCACGAUAUGAAGAUUCUAGAUUUGCCGACAGUCGUGACAGAACGCCUUUACAGGUAGCCGCGGAAACCGGGCAUAUUGAGGUGAUGAGUCUACUCCUAGACAGGAAGGCUGAACAUGUAGAAAUAGCUGCUGAGGUAGCUGAAGCAGCGGCAACGAAUGAGGAUUGUGGAGAACAGAUGGUGGCUCUUCUUCUCGAUCAUAAAGUCCAGAUAGAUGAGUCGGUAUUCAUCGCUGCUGCUAGCAAUCGUUCUCGUGGCGGAGCAAUAAUGUCGAUGUUGCUAGAUCAGGCAUGGGGCAUGCCAGUUACACGAGAAAUGGGAAUUUGGGCCGCGCCAGAGACGAUAUACGCCCGACUCCGAAAGCUGUUGACACUGGCACCUCACCUCAGCGCGCCCCAAAUUUCCGAGGAGGUGAUCAGGGCUGCAGUGAAGAACCGCGAGAGCGGAACGGCCAUCAUGACAGAUUUACUGAACAGGUUAGGUCCUGGGAUGCGACUGAGUGAUGGCAUUGUCGAAGAUAUGUGCGCAAAUCUUGAGCCGAGCGUCGUCCAGCUCUUCUUAAACCAGAACGCAGAACGAAUUCCCCUAACAAAAGACUUAAUACUCGCCGCUCUGCGCAACAGUACCGAAGCUGACAAAGUGUUAAGCAUCCUCUUUGAUAUGUGCUAUGCGCAGGGAAUGUCAAGCCAGGACAUUAUGGUCGAUAUAUGUGGCCGUGUAAGCCCUCGUGUCAUCAAUCAGUUCUUUGACGGACAGAGGGCCCAAUUGGUUCUAACAGGGGCAAGCGUGAUGACGGCAUCUUUCAAUAAACAAGGCGAAGAAGUGAUGAGUGUUAUGCUUGACCGAUGCCAAAUUCGAGACUUGGAUGAUGUUGUCCUUGCGACGUGCACACGCUUCGGUCCAAAUGUUGUUCGGAAAUUGCUAGACAAGUUCAAUCCUGUUCGAUUGUCGACGAAGAUCAUUAGGGCAAUAGCAGGGAAGGAGAAUAAUGCCAAAUCUGUGAUGAUGACAAUACUGCUCCUUCCUCAAUUAUCGAGACCAGGAGAACAGGAGAUAUCGCUGAUCUGCCAAACUUUCGACACCGAUGUCGUGCAUGUUCUAUUUGACCACCAGAAAAAUAUCCAUGCCACAUACGACCUGGUUGCAAGCAUCCACAUGAACGGAGAGAGGAAGGAGAUAAUGACGGCAUUGCUUGAGCAAUUCGGCGGGUCGUCCAUGACGCUGGGUCUGGUCAACAUGAUCUGCAAACUAUUUGAUUCUAAGAUUGUUGAGCUCUUGUUGCGGAAGCAGAACGGUUUGAAGGUGACUGCCGAUUUAAUAAAUGCUAUCUCUCUCAAUAAGCAAUAUGGAAAAGACGUGAUGAGCGCAAUCAUCCACCAAGCUGGUCUCACGCCUAUCAAGCCGGAGUUGGUCGCCAUGAUUUGUCGUCUUUUCGAUGCUGAUGUCGUUGACCAGCUUCCGGAGAUUGCAUUUUCCAAGUCACUGGUUUAUGCUGCAGCCCAGAACUUCUUGUACAGCAAAGAGGUCAUGAGGGUGCUUCUCCGCAAGUACGAUCACAAUAUUCAAUUGGACCACGAAACGAUUGCUGCAAUAUUCGACAUCUUUGCGGGUGAUUUGGAGAUGAUUGCGCUACUUCACAGCCACAUCAGUAUUUCGUCACGUAUAUUUACCGAGGAUGACCUUGUAAAGAUGUUUGAGGCUGUGUCGCCGGAUACCGACAUUGCCUAUACGCACUCUAACGCGGUAACAAUUGCCAUGAUGCUCGACAAGUAUGGAAAUCCCCAGCCAGCCGAAGAAGCCAUCCAACUCGCGGCAAGCAACGAGGUCGAUGCCAGGAAUGUGAUGUUGUUACUUCUGCAUAGUUUUCAAGGCCAUGUCCAGCUAUCCGAGGCCAUGUUUGUAGCAGCUGCGGCAAACGAAUAUCAGGGCAGUGACGUGAUGGAAGUGCUCUUAGACUGGGAGGGAAACGGUCUUCUCGUAUCUGAAAGAGUCCUCAAGACAGCUGCAAUGAAUCAUCGCAAAGGGAGGGAUUUGAUGCAUUUGCUUCUUUGUCGUUGCCGGCAGAGAUUUCUCAACGUCGAAGUGGUCAAGACAGCCCUCGCAAACCAUCAGAGUGGCAGGGAGAUUAUCAAGCUGCUUUUAGAACACUGCGCAGGCACCACACUUCAAAUAACUCCGGACUUAGCCAGGGUAGCUGCAGCGGCAAACGGGAAGGAUGUGUUCACCAUGCUGCUCAGUUCUGAGCAAAUCCUGGUACGGGUACAACAAGAAGCAGUAGUCACGGUCUGCCAGUUGUUCGACCUGGAACUUGUUUCCUUGCUUCUCUCCACCCACGGCAGUCAGGUGGUGAUUACCGACGACGUUGUUUCAGCAGCCGCAACAAACUGUCUGCAUGCUAAAGACGUCUUGGGUCUGCUCCUGAGCAAAAGGCAAAUGACAGUGCCGACGUUUGAAAGAGCUCUCGAGGCAGCGGCAUAUGCAGAUGAAAAGGAGGCAAUGGCCUUUCUUCUCCAGCAUCAAGACCGAAAGGAAGGCGCAAUCUCAGAGGAUAUUGUAUGUGCGGCAGCAGGAAACAGAUGGGGAACGUCCGAGACCUUAUCCCUCCUCCUGGACCGAUAUGCCUUCGACUUCCCAAUUACUGAGAGGGUACUCAUCGCGGCUGCCCGAAAUGGAAGGGGUGACACGCUUUCCCUCUUACUUGGUCAAGGAGAUGAAAUCCUCGUCACAGACGCAGUUUGGCAUGCAGCCUCAGCCAAUGAAUAUCACAGUAAGCGUGUCCUAGAUCUGUUACAACGAUAUCCCUUUGGACGACAUGCUUCCUUGAAGCAAACUUGA